CUUCCGGCGGGGCGGCAUGGCGGGGCUCGGUCAUGGCGGAGGCGGCGGCGCGGCGGGCGGUGGCGGAGCUGCCGCUGCUGCGGGCGCCGGCGGGGCCGCGGGACCGUGAGGGAUGGGCCGAGCGGCUGCGAGAGGAGUACCGAGCACUCAUCCAGUACGUGGAGAACAACAAACGAGCCGACACCGACUGGUUCCGCCUGGAGUCCAACCCUGAGGGCACCCGGUGGUUCGGCAGGUGCUGGUACAUCCACGAGCUGCUCAGGUACGAGUUCAACAUCGAGUUUGAGAUCCCGGUGACGUACCCGGGCACCGCCCCCGAAAUCGCCAUCCCCGAGCUGGAUGGGAAAACAGCCAAAAUGUACCGGGGGGGCAAGAUCUGCCUCAGUGACCACUUCAAGCCCCUGUGGGCCAGGAACGUCCCCAAAUUCGGGCUGGCACACCUGAUGGCCCUGGGGCUCGGUCCCUGGCUGGCCGUGGAGAUCCCCGACCUCAUCUCCAAAGGCCUCAUCCAGCACAAGGACAAGUGACCAACGGCGGGAUUUCUUUUCCCCCCUCACUUCCCAGCUGCUCGCACCCCUCUCCAAUAAAAGCUGAACCCCGA